UAUACCAUUGCCGAUUGUGUCGAGUAGAUGCAUAUUUAGAAUUAACUGUUAAUUUUUUUUAAAUCGUACCAUACCAAAAAAAGAAGAGAGGAACAAACAUUAUAUAAGUUAAUAUAUAUAUUAUAUAAGUUAAUAUAUAUAUAUUUUUAGAACAAAAGAAGUGGGCUGGAUUGCUUAAGCGGUAAAUAACGAAACACAUCAAGUUUUACUAACGAAUGAAAAAAGCAAUUUAAGUAUUUUAUAACUUUUAUUUAUUAUUGUUAUGUGGGUCAAGUUAUAAACCGGAUGUAAUUCACGUUCUUCAUCGGUGAAGGUCAGCAAGGCGGAAGUAGUAGUACUUGAGGUUGUUAUGCACGAUCUGACUAAUGUUGAGAGUAAACUGUGAAUCAUUCGUUUUACUCUGCUGUCAGUUAUGACCUGUUGUGUAAAUAAUGUGUAAUUAUCCUUACAAAUCUUGGUAUAUGUGCAUUAUUUUAACGUGAGUUUGCUUGCAUCGUACCAAAAACAAUGUCCAAACCGCACCCAAAUGACAAUCUGGCCACCUUUAAGUUGGUGGUCGUUGGAGAUGGUGGCGUGGGAAAGUCGGCGUUGACGAUACAGUUCUUCCAGAAGUUAUUUGUCCAGGACUAUGAUCCGACAAUAGAAGAUUCAUAUAUCCAGCACACUGAAAUUGAUGGCCAGUGGUGUAUUUUGGAUGUUCUUGAUACGGCUGGCCAAGAGGAAUUCAGUGCAAUGCGAGAGCAGUACAUGAGGAAAGGAGAUGGGUUUCUUCUCGUUUACUCCGUCACCGACAGGCAGAGCUUCGAGAACAUAGUCAAUUUUCACACUCAGAUCCUGAGGGUAAAAGACAGGGAUACUUAUCCCAUGAUUUUAGUGGCAAAUAAAGUUGAUCUGGUUGGUCAAAGGAAGGUGACAGAGGACCAAGGGAGAGAACUAGCUGACAGUGUUAGAAUAAAAUAUAUAGAAACAAGUGCUAAAGACCCACCCCUUAAUGUGGACCUGGCCUUCCAUGAAGUUGUCCGAGUAAUCCGCAUCCAGCCGAUAGAAUUCAAGAACAGAACAAAAAAAAGAAGAGGCAAGAAAAAGAAAUGCGUCAUUCUUUGAUACCGUUCCACUUCUAUUAAUAAUUCAUAUUUUCUCAUACCUACUGGCUUUGAUGGCAAUUUUUUUUAAAUAUUGGAUGGUUUUUAAUGUCUGCAUUGACAAAAUAACACUGGGAAUAGGUUUGUUGCCUUUGUGCCAGUGGAGAACUUGAUAAAAAGAACAGUGCUACAUGAUAACGGAUUAACACUUGGUUUUUUUUACUGCUAUGACUUGGCUGACUUGUUAAUAUAAUGUCAAGAGGAAUAAUGGAAUAGCAGUAUUAUUCUUGGUCACUGACUCUGAAGAAAUGGCAUUUGUGAGAAAUAAUUCCAACUGGGUUACAAGAACUGCAGAACCAAAGCAAUUGUAUUGUCAGUGAAGGGAGAAAUCUGUGUUGAAGUUCUUCUGUGGAUGUGACACUGCACACUUCAAGAUGGAAUAUCACUGCGGAUGUGACACUGCACACUUCAAGAUGGAAUAUCACUGCGGAUGUGACACUGCACACUUCAAGAUGGAAUAUCACUGUGGAUGUGACACUGCACACUUCAAGAUGGAAUAUCACUGCGGAUGUGACAAUAUCUUUGCGGAUGUGACACUGCACACUUCAAGAUGGAAUAUCACUGCAGAUGUGACAAUAUCACUGCGGAUGUGACAAUAUCACUGCGGAUGUGACACUGCACACUUCAAGAUGGAAUAUCACUGCGGCAAAAUGUGUGUCAACUGACUAUUGAACAUUGAUUUUUUUAUUUUUUUUGGAUUUUUUUUUAAUUACAUGCUACAUGACACACUUGCAAACCAAGUAUGCCUUUUUAUUUUCUAUGACUGCGGAAUACUAAUACAAAAUACGUUUGUUGUGUGAAUGGUUACCUCAUGUUGACUUUUCAGACAUUGAUGCUAUUACCGAUGCGUGUAUACUGACCAACAAAAGAAAUGCAGAUAUUAAUUUAGUUUUUUAAAAUUUUCUUUAAAAAGGAAAUGUUUUAUUUAAAGAUGCACUCAACAGAUUUUAUUUACAGUUACAUGCGUCAGACAUAUGAUUA